GAGCAUUCCAUAGUACGAAAAGAUUAUCUGGAGGAAUAUCAAGUGAAGUGAAAGAUGAUAAAAAAAUAGAAACUAAUGAACCAAUAGUCACAGAAAUUCUUGAAUCAAUUCAAGAACUUGCACAACUUUUAAAUAGUAGAGGAAUUGAUCUUAGUAGUGGCAAAAUGCCAUCAAUGAUACAAGUAUCUAGGAUUGCAUAUGAUGAAGAGGUGACGGCAAAGUUUAAAAGCGUUAGUUUACAAUUUCAUGAAGCCGGUAUUGAAUUUGAUCUUAAAACAGCACAAAAGUAUUUGAAUAUAGCAAAUAGUAAACAAGCAAUUGACAAUAAAUAA